AUGCGUCAAGAUCCGCUGUCAAACUGUGAAAAAACUUUUAUAACUGAGAGUUUGAAUGAGGGCUUGCGACUGGAUAACAGAACGCUAGAAGAAUUUCGACCCGUUAAGCUGAUUGUAGGUUCUCAAUGCGGUACUGCACUAUGCUCCAUGGGAUUAACAAAAGUUUUUUGUUCUGUCAGUGCUGUUUUGAGAGAGCCCCACAAAAGUAAACCACAUAGGGGAAUGAUUUACGUUGACGUCGACAUGAGUCCGAUGGGAAAUCCUGCUUGUGAGCAUAACAGAGCUGGAGAACGUGGUAUGGAACUCACUCGUCUAUUAGAACUCGUAUUGAGAGAUUCCCGUUGUGUAGAUACUGAAUCAUUAUGUGUUCGCGCCGAGAAGGAAGUCUGGUGUGUACGGGUAGAUGUGAAAAUUUUGGAUGAUGACGGUUCUCUUCUUGACUGUGCUUCAGUUGCCUCAGUUGCUGCUCUUCAUCAUUUCAGAAGACCUCAAGUUACUGUUGAGCCCCAUCAUACUAUUGUGCAUUCCCAAUGGGAGAAGCCUCUGAUCCCACUCAAUAUUUACCAUAUGCCUAUUUGUGUGACAUUCGGAUUUCUUGAAAAUGGAAAGAAUAUACUAGUCGAUCCAACAAACAAAGAAACACAGUGUAUAACUGGGAACUUAGUGGUUGCUUGUAAUAAAAGGAAAGAAGUCUGUGCACUGCAUCAAUCUACCGAAAUGAUUUUGACAGCGACCAUUAUCAAGGAUUGUGUCAAUAGAGCUAUGCAACGCGUAACUAACUUAUCAGAUUUAAUAACUGAUGUAAUCAAAGAUGACUCACAAAAACGUGCUAAAUAUAUUAAGCCUAAUGGAUUUGAAGUUACAAUAACCCCUGACUUAUUGACUUCAAGAGAAUCAAACCCUGACGAACUCAUCGCUCCGUCUAUCGAGUUGCCAGAGCCUAAAAACUUUAUCCAACAGAAUAGUGUUAUACUCAAUGAAAAUCCGCUUACUAGUGACGCCAUGAAGCAAGAGAACGAUGAAGAUGAACUUAUUGAAAAACAGGUCAAAGAUAUUGCGGAAGGUUUGGAUAAUCGGGUUCAACUGAAUACGCAAGAACAACAGAGAACUUUGAACGAAGUAGCAGACUUGCUGGAUGGCUUAGAUGAUGACGAUGAUGAUUUGGAAGGAGAAACAAUGGUUUUAGGAAGCUGA